CCUCCUCCAACCGCAUGCGAUCUUUCAUCAGCUGCUAUUUCUGCGUUCACAAAGGGAAGAAGCAAAAUCAAGCGUGUGUCUGAGUUCUCUCAUUUUCCGAUCGACAAUAUAUUGAAAAUUUUAAAAUAAAAAAAAAAAAAUGCUCGCCGUGUUCGACAAAUCGGUGGCGAAGACUCCCGAAGCUCUGCAGAGCCCGCACUCCGAUUCCGUUUGGGCUCUCAAAGAUGGGAUUCUCGGUCGGCAUUUCGGCUCUCUCUACCCUGCCUCCGUCAUCGUCAACCUCGGCUCCGCCGGUCUCUUGGCCUACUCCGUUGAAAAGCAAAACCCUCUCCUCCCGAGAUUAUUUGCGGUUGUGGACGACAUUUUCUGCUUGUUCCAAGGGCACAUUGAGAAUGUUGCGCAGCUGAAGCAACAAUAUGGUUUGAACAAAGCUGCAAACGAGGUUAUCAUCGUUAUAGAAGCCUAUCGAACAUUAAGAGAUCGGGGUCCAUACCCUGCUGAUCAGGUUGUGAGAGACAUUCAAGGGAAAUUCGUGUUUGUUCUAUACGACAGUUCCUCAAAAACCGCAUUUUUCGCUUCUGAUGCCGAUGGGAGCGUUCCUCUCCACUGGGGAAGUGAUUCUGAAGGACAUCUUGUUCUCUCAGAUGAUAUAGAAACUAUGAAGAAGGGUUGUGGAAAAUCUUUUGCUCCUUUCCCCAAAGGUUGCUUCUUCACAACCUCGGGUGGGUUGAGGAGUUUUGAGCAUCCACUUAAUGAGCUGAAGCCAGUGCCAAGGGUGGACAGUUCAGGUCAUGUUUGUGGAGCCAAUUUCAAGGUGGAUGAAGAGGCUCGAAAGGAAAGUUCUGGCAUGCCUAGAGUUGGGAGUGCUGCAAAUUGGUCUUCAAACUACUGAGUGCACAAUUUGGCAAGGCUUUGAUUACUUUGCCUUUGCCUUUCCUUCGGCUUCUUUCCAUAUUUUAUUCCCUGACUGUGCCCUUGAAAAUGGGUACUGAGGUUUAUACUUUACUUUCCGUAAUGGGCAUGUUCAUGCAGUUAUAACUUACAAGUUAUGAAUCUUGCUGGCUCCACUGAAUUACAUUCUGGAUACGUGGAAUAAUAGUUUGUUUCUAAAUGCUUUUAGACAUAUUUUUAUUUGCUUUUGGGGUUGCCUCU